GCUUUCGUCAGUCUGGAAAAAAUUGUGCUUUGAACCGGUUGCAGAUGAAGUGCUUCGAGAACGAGAUACUUUUGUGUUGACUUCCUUAGUGAAAACCUUUCGGAAUAACUCAAGUACUUUUCUUGUGCGAAUUUCACUCUCUGCAUUCUAUCUUGACGGUGGACAUCGACGAAGAAACUAACGAACACCGAAACGUCGGUAGAAAUGUCGAGUUUCAGUAUCCAAGUAGAUCAGGCUGGCUCUGGGACGAAAAGGAAGUUACUUGAAGAACGUGCGAAGAACGAAGUUUGUGUGAGCUCAGAAAACUGCGGCCAUCCAACAACAAUCGAAGCAGUGUUUUCAAAUGGACAAACUGUUCCUUUUAACACUGCAGCUUUGCAAUUGAUGACAGCAAAGGAUAUUGACAUAAACGAGUCUUGUACUAUCAGAAAUGGUGAAAUUGAAAUUAAAUUUCAAAAUGUCAACAGCAUUUUCAAGGAGAUUUCUGAUACUUAUACGAAUUCCAAUUUAGACUUUUCUGAAUCCAUUGCACCAACGGAACAUCCAGUGGCAGAAAAACACAGUGAUGAUUUUCUUUCGUGGAUUAUAAAUGUUAUAACUGAGGCAUUGUCUAACGCAGCUGAAGUCGAGGACGGCCACAAAACCGGAGGAAAAGAUGAAGAAAUUGCAUGCUCAGGCAAGGUAAACAAACAGCAACAGAAAUCUGACCAUCCAAAAGUCCCUCGUCCGCUAAAUGCAUUCAUGUUCUUUUCGAAUGAAUGGCGUAAGAAGUUGGCUAUCAAACAUCCAGAAGAGAGUAACAAACAAAUCAGCGUGAGACUUGGCGCAAUGUGGAAUACAAUGGAAGGAGUGCAGAAGGACAAGUAUUUUGCCUGCGCACAUCAGGCGGGCGGGGAGCACAAGAAGAAAUAUCCUGAUUACGUCUACAACCCAAAAGAGAUCCGCUUGCAGAAGCGUCUUCGGGAGCAGAAAUUGCGGCGAACAGGACGCCAGUUGCCGAAGCGACGCCUCACCACAGCGCAGGCUUACGGCGCCCUUCUCCUGCCUGCCGAGGAACAUCAAUUGGGAGGUACCACAGGCACACAAGGUGUCGCUGCGUCAAAGGGACAAAAAACGAUGAAAAUGCUGGAAAUGAUGCCCAUUUCUCCAGAGAGCACCGUGCUACCUAUUCCUGUAUCCACAAUACCACCACCGACUACAACAACAACAACUCGCACUGCCCACAAUGCUGGCAACGAAGAACAACAGACGACUGUCGCAUCCCGAAACAAAAGCAGCGACAACCCACCGCCUUCUAACACGCGGCCGAGCACAGCAGAAAAUAUUCCUCUGCCAGAUUUUGGUUCUCCCGAAUUUAACCCUUAUUCUAAAGAAGAAUUUUUGGACGCCACUCAAGAAGAAGGCAUUCAGCAGUUUAUUAACAUUGAGGUUAGUGUCAAUUCUCCUUUGGAUUACAACAAUUAUUUGGGCCCAAUACAGAUUCAUGACAACAUUGAUCAAUGUAAAUGGUGUAGUAAAAUGUGUUCAAGAGAAAAAUCAAGAUGGCUAUUUAACUAUACAGUUAAGAAAUAUCUGAACAUUCGAGCACAUGACGGUUUUGUACGUGUGUAAUUAAUUACGCGUAAU